AUGCUGCGUAAUGUGCUCAUAAUGGCGUCCAGUGGCAUCGUCCUCUUCUCGAAGGAGUACGCAAACGCCGUUGCCCAGCCUCGACUCGUCGGCUCCCUAAUCACGGCUAUGCUCGAAUUUUCCGAUAAAGCGAUUGGGGCUCCAGUCUCGUACAUCCAAAUGUCUUUCGUGGCUGUGACUGUGGUCACCAAUGACCAGCACAAGGUUUUCUGUGCCGUGUUUCACGAUACAACAGACGGUGCAAGGUUCUCCGCGUUCGUGGCGCAAGAAUUGCUGGCAGCGUUUAUUGCGCAGCAUGGAGAUGAAUUGGGCAACGUGGGCCACAAUUUGCGGGACUUUCACCGCUUUCAGUACCAAAUUCUUGGUGUCAUCCGCGACUCCGUCAAGCCUAUUGUCCGAAAAUUGCAAAAACAACGCGGCAUUCUGAAAGCAAUGCUUGUGGUAGACGGCGCAGUGACGUGCGCGACAGGAGAUGUCGAUCCGAUUGGCGUGUUGGCGAAUCUACAAGCGCUCGUGAACAGCUCGAUCGAUAUGAUGUCAUUUUCAGGUGAUGAUGUAAACGCCAUGACGAUUCAGAGCGGACGCAACUCGUGCAUACAAGUCAGCGUCGUCGAUGGCAACGAUGUGUUGGUCGUUGUUUUCAAAAAGGGUGCACAAGCUACAAAGAACACGGCAGCGAUUGAAGAGUGUGUUCGAGCGCUACGGCACGUGUGCGUAUUAGCACGCACGUUGCAACAAAAUUCUCGGUGA